UCGUUUUGUUGUUGCAUAUUUUUACCGUGUUGUUCUUUAGUAAUUGUGUAACUAAACGUAUUUUAAAAGUGCCUGUUAUAUUUUUGUACGUUAAUUUUGUGACAUGGCACAAACAGAAGAUACGGAGCUACGAGAUUUAGUCGUGGAAGCCCUAGAGAAAAAUGGCUCGUUAGCUAAAAUCCGCGCCUUACUACGGGCGAAUAUAUUUUUGGCAUUUGAAGAUGAACGUGAGAAUCAGAAACAGAACGAGAGCCUGGAUAAAAUACUAAACCAACCAGAAGGUAAAUUGUCACUUUGUAUUAUUCAUGAAUUUCUAGAAUUUUGUAACCUCAAAAACACAUUGUUUGUGUACAAGUCUGAGUCUAGGCAGGGCAGGGAAUAUACGUAUAAAAGUGAAGAUAUACUAGCUAAGCUAAAUGUUCCUAAAGUAGAUAGGGAUAAAGAACCUAUCUUGCUUACUAUUUUAAAAAAUGUGAUCAAGUUUUUUUCUAAUAAACACAAUUCAAAUGACAAACCGAAACCUAAAGGUGACCAGUACAAAGAUGAACAAAACUGUACCUAUAUUGUGCACGAGGAUUCAAGCAGCACCAGUUCAUCACAGUCGGACAACUCUUCCGAUGAAAAGAAUAAAAUUAAUCUACGGUUGCCAUUAGACAACUCUGAUACUGAUACUACAAGUGAUUCUAUUGGGGAUAAAAAUAGUUCAGAAUAUAUGCCCAACAGUCAAAACUUAAUAAGUGAUAUUAAAACAAACACAGCCUCUAAUAAUAUAACACUGCCAGCACAUAAUAUGAUGGAUAAAAGUGUGUUUAGUACGAACUCUGUAAACAAAAAAAGUGAUAAUUUUCUAGAACCGAAAAAUUUUAAUAGCAGCACUGACUCAACAUCCUAUAUGGAAUUACAACCUGUACAACAUCCCCAGGAAGUUCUAUCGAAUACUCCAGGUUCACCGUUAAGUGAAAAUAAACUUCAAAAGACAAAACAAAACUAUUCCAGUGGGUCACAAAAUGAAUCCUCUUCAAUUCACACGCUUAGUAAUACCAACAACAUCAAAAAAGAUUCAAACAAAGAAAGCUUGAAGAAUAGCAUAAGCAGAGAUGAUUCGGGCCUAAACGAAACUGAAGUAAUGGAGUACAGCUAUGAUUUCUCCCCACCAAAUUCUGAACCAAAAACUUCUACAGAAAACAGUCCCAAAUCUAUUAGAAAUCCAGGUUCAGCACCAAACAACUCAAGCUCACCGAGUUCCAUAUCUAUCUCUGAUGUAGCUGAUUUGUUGAGUGAAAAAAGUUUCAAAAACUUCUCUAGGGACAGCAAAAAUGACAGCAACACAACAAAUAAAUCUAGACUGAGCAGCACUUCCAAACGACGAUUUAGUCCAAACAAAGAUCCAUCUAAAAUGAACAGCGACCAUUCUCGUGACUUCUCAGAAUCAUCUAUUCCAUCUCUUUCAAAUCUUAGCUUAGAAAUACAUAGUGAAUGAAUACUGUUUUGUGUGAGUUAUGUAACUUUUGAGAGGUUAAUAAUGUGGUGAAUUAGAAAAUUUGUAGGCACUAUGCAUUUUGCACAAUAAAGGCAGAUAUGGCAAUGUUCAUUUUGCAAAAAUAGCCUAUAGUUGUACUACUUUUCAUGCACAAUCUGCAUAUUUUUUGAAUUUGGAACCUAUAAAUCUUAAAUAUUAUUUUUUAAUAAUCCUAUGUUUAUUGUACAUUCAAAAACUGUCAUAAACAUACAUUACAUGAUAAAAUAGUUUCGGAGAAAAGUGGGUGUGACCUACGGACGGACAAACAG